GCAGGAGGAGGCGGUAUGGCUCGGCUCGGUCUCGGGCUCGGUCUCGGGCUCGUUCUCGGGCUCGCUCUCGGGGUCGCUCUGCUCGCGGCGGCCACGGCGGUGACGCGAGGCUUGGAACAAGAUAGGAACCAGGUGCACUUGCCCAAUUACUGUGUGUGGUACGGAGAGUGUGGAUUGAAUCCACAAACCCAGAAGGCUUACAACUGCUUCUACAAUGGCACGGCUAAGCCUCUUCCUCACGAAGGCUACGAACUCCUCAAGGAGCUGUGUCCCAGCAUGGUGCAGGAGAACGUGUCCACGUGCUGCGACGUCAAGCAGCUGAGAACCCUCAAGGAGAACAUGGCGGUGCCCUUGCAGUUCCUGUCCAGAUGCCCCUCCUGCUUCUACAACUUAAUGACCUUUUACUGUGAGCUGACGUGCAGCGUCAACCAGAGCACUUUCCUCAACGUCACACAGACCGAAUACUCCAACACCACAGGGAUGAGCAUCACCAGACUUCAAUACUACAUCUCUAAAACCUUUUCAAAUGGGAUGUUCAACUCGUGCAAGGACGUGACAUCGCCCUCCAGCAACGACAAGGCCCUGGGGCUGCUGUGUGGGCGCGACGCCAAAGACUGCAAUGCCACUAACUGGAUUGAGUACAUGUGCAGCACGAGCAAUGGGCAGACCCCCUUCCAGAUCGACCCCGUCUUCACCGAUGUGCCUGAGGACCCCAUGGUGCCCAUGAACGUAGCAACACUCGGCUGUAACGAGUCUGCGGAUGAUGACACGGGGCCGUGCUCUUGCCAAGACUGCGCGUCGAUGUGUGGGCCCAAGCCACAGCCACCCCCCACCCCUCCUCCUUGGACCAUCUUUGGCUUGGAUGCCAUGGUCGUCAUCAUGGCCCUCAGCUACAUGUCAUUCCUCUGGAUCUUCUUAAGCAUCGUCGUCUGCAUGUUCUGCUAUUGGAGCAAUCCCAUGGGGGCCGAGUCGGACUACGUUCCCAUCUCGCACACCACCAAAGCGAGCAACACCAUCAACGGAGACACCAGCCCCAACGACCAGAGCGUAUCGCUGUUCGAGCGCCUGGGAGAGCGGUUUGAGAGCGGCCUGCGCGAGGGGUUUGCUCGCUGGGGCGCCACCUGCGUGCUGCACCCGUUGCCCGUGCUGCUCUGCUCCCUGGUGCUCGUGGCCACGUGCUCAGCGGGGCUCGCCCUGAUGACCAUCACCACCGACCCCGUGGAGCUGUGGUCAGCGCCCAGCAGCCAGGCUCGCCGCGAGAAGGCCUACUUUGACUCGAAGUUCGGGCCCUUCUUCCGCACGGAGCAGCUGAUCAUACAGGCCAUUGAUACCAACACGUCCACCUACUCUCCUUACCCGUCGGGAAAUGAUGUGCCGUUUGGUCCACCUCUCCGUCUGGACAUUCUCUUCCAGGUGCUGGACCUGCAGACAGCAGUGGAGAUGAUGGAAGUGCCCCACAAUGGAACCAACGUCACACUUAAGGACAUCUGCCUUGCCCCACUGGCGCCCACCAACAACAACUGCACCAUCAUCAGCGUGCUCAACUACUUCCAGAACAGCUACAAGCAACUGAAUCGUACCGUGGGUGAUGAUUUCUACGUCUGGGCCGACUAUCACUCUCACUUCCUCUACUGCGUACGUGCUCCGACUUCAGUGAAUGACACGACCCCGCUGCACGACCCCUGUCUGGGCACGUUUGGGGGCCCUGUGUUCCCGUGGCUCGCUCUGGGAGGCUAUGACGGUGAUAAUUACAACAACGCCACGGCCCUGGUCAUAACCUUCCCUGUUGUCAACUACCACAACAACUCGGAAAAGAUGGCUGCUAUUUUGGCAUGGGAACAAGGGUUCAUUGAUCUGGUGAAGAACUACAACAACCCCAAUCUGAGCAUCGUGUACUCGGCGGAGCGCAGCAUUGAGGACGAGAUCAACCGGGAGAGCACUGGCGACGUGCGCACCGUGCUCAUCAGCUACGCCGUCAUGUUCGUGUACAUCUCUCUUGCACUGGGACACAUCCGGAGCAUCUUCACGCUGGCGGUUGACUCAAAGAUCUCGCUGGCCAUGGCAGGGAUCGCCAUUGUCCUCUGCUCCGUGUCUUCCUCUCUGGGCAUCUUCAGUUACGCGGGCAUCCCACUUACGCUCAUCGUCAUUGAGGUCAUCCCCUUCCUCGUGCUGGCAGUCGGCGUGGACAACAUCUUCAUCCUCGUGCAGGCUUACCAGAGAGACGAACGCCGUGCGGAAGAGAAGGCGCAUGAGCAGAUUGGCCGGAUCCUGGGAGAUGUUGCUCCAAGCAUGCUGCUGACCUCCACUUCAGAGACCUUGGCCUUCUUUCUGGGCGCCUUGUCCGACAUGCCGGCUGUGCGCACCUUCUCGCUGUUUGCCGGCAUGGCUGUGCUCAUCGACUUCCUGCUACAGGUCACCUGCUUCGUCAGCCUCAUGGGCCUCGAUGCGCGGAGGCAGGAGGAGGGUCAUUUCGACAUCGUGUGCUGCUUGAAGACCAGCGUUCCUCCGCCGGACGAGAGUCAGCACGGCCUGCUAUUCCGCUUUUUCAAGAAUCUUUUUGCCCCUGUGCUGCUGAGCGAGUGUGUGCGGCCUGUUGUGAUGUCGGUGUUUGUGGCGGCGCUUGCCUUCAGUGUGGCUGUCGUCAACAAGAUUGAAAUCGGUCUGGACCAGAGGCUCUCCAUGCCUGAUGAUUCUUACGUGUUGACGUACUUCACCGCGUUAAACCGUUUUCUGCACUCGGGCCCGCCGGUGUACUUUGUGGUGGAGGACGGUCACGACUACUUGACGCUGGAGGGACAAAACGUCAUCUGCGGAGGGGUCGGCUGCAAUAACAACUCGCUGGUGGAGCAGCUCUACCUCGCUGCGCAGCUGCCCAACUACACCAGGAUUGGCUACGCUCCGUCCUCUUGGAUCGAUGAUUACUUUGAUUGGGUGAAGCCACAAUCCAGCUGCUGCAGAGUGUUUAACUCCACUGGGGACUUCUGCAAUGCGAGCCUGCCCGGCCCGGAUUGCGUUCCCUGCCGUCCACUCACGCGAGAGGGAAAGCAGCGACCGCUUGGCGAUAACUUUACUCACUUCCUGCCUAUGUUCCUCUCCGACAACCCAAGCAUGCAUUGUGCAAAAGGGGGACACGCAGCGUAUGGCAGUGCGGUGUCGGUGAAUGGCUCCCACGUUGGCGCCACCUACUUCAUGAGCUACCACACCAUCCUCACCGAGUCAGGGGACUUCAUUGCUGCCUUGAGGAACGCUCGCACCAUCGCCACCAACAUCACAGCCGCCCUUGGCCCCACGCUCCCAAAAUACAGGGUCUUCGCGUACAGCAUUUUUUACGUCUUCUACGAGCAGUACCUGACCAUUGUAAACGACACGGUGUUCAACCUGAGCUUGUCGCUGGGAGCCGUCUUCCUGGUCUCCAUCCUGCUCCUGGGCUUGGAGGUGUGGUCAGCGCUCACCCUGACCCUCACCAUUGCCAUGAUCCUCACCGACAUGCUGGGCGUCAUGUGGCUGUGGAGCAUCAGCCUCAACGCCGUGUCUCUUGUCAACCUCGUCAUGUGUGUGGGGAUAUCGGUGGAGUUCUGCAGUCACAUCGUGCGUGCGUUCUCAGUCAGCACUCAGCCCACCCGUGCACUGCGCGCCAAGGAGGCUCUGGCUCACAUGGGUAGCUCGGUGUUCAGCGGCAUCACGUUGACAAAGUUUGGUGGGAUUGUGGUGCUGGCCUUCUCCAAGUCGCAGAUAUUCAAGAUCUUCUAUUUCCGCAUGUACCUCUCCAUGGUGCUGCUGGGGGCAGCUCACGGACUUAUAUUCCUGCCCGUCUUGCUCAGCUAUGUUGGUGCGCCGGUGAACAAGGCCAAAGUGUUGGCUGCCCUGGAGAGGAGGAAGGGCACCGAGAGGGAGUCCCUGGCAGGCUCCUCCGUUCGGACUCGCUUCUCCGUAGGAGGGUGGUAUUAAUGCCUGGAGCCUUGCACACACACACAGACGGCUGGAAACAUGCACAAACGUGUGGUGGCCCCACAAGCAGAUGCUUCACACAGACAGGCACGCACACGACACACUGUGACACUCGGAUGGGUGAAAACUGAAAAUCAAGUUGUACGCGCAUGGGGGGUGCGUAUGACCGAUAACAUUAAGCAACAGAUCGAAAGCACGCAAACUGACUUCUCACUCGCAAAUUACACAGAAUUGGAUGUGCAUUACAGUCUACGCCUGUCCACAAUUCUCAUGCCCUGCACGCAGGCACUGGGUAGACUUUGUUGUGCAUGUGCACGCUGAGUCUCUGCAUUAUUCACACGUAAGUUAUUACAACAUUUUACCGUUUAAAUAAAGUUUUGCAACACAUUUUAAAGCUUACAUUUAUGCACUUAAAUACAAAUUAUCCUGAUAGCUAAUACACGCUGGAGAAGUACAGUAAAAAUAUAGUUUCUAAAUGAAUGAUAAAACUAUUAAGUCACGUAGAUAGAAAAUUAAUAGAUCACAACGUUUCGAUCGCAACACAAGCAACCGUCAUCAGGUGAAACAAACACAGCAGGAGAACUGCUGACAUAGGAGGCGAUGAUAGCAUUGUGAAGACAUUGGAACGUGAGGAAAUGCAAAACCCACCCAUGUACUGAAGUUGUCAUUUUGAAUGGCUACGCCUAACUCGUGUUUCUUUUCUGUGCACUGUGGAUAUCUUAAGACGAUGAAGAACAAUGCGGCAGUGCCAUUGAGCUACUGUUAGUGUAGCGUUGUGGACAAGUUACGCGUCUGGCAAUAAGACAAAGCAAGUUUAUGUUAAAUGCUGAAUAGGCUCGAACUUGAAAGUUUCAUUUAUCCUGAAAUCCAGUUUUAAAUCUUUAAGAGGAAAGCCGCUUGUGGAAGGCCAUCCCAGCCUCCCCCUUCCCCAUACUUAAUCAUGCUGAUUGUGAUUGCUGCUAAUUUAAAGCAGUUUGUUAAAAUUGCAUAAUUGAUACUCGGUUAAUGUUAAGAGGGCACGAGGUGUUUUGAUCCACUUCACGUUCGUAUUCGUCUUAAUAUGCAAUGACUGGAAACAUGUUGAGCAUUGCAGACUUUAUUAAGUUACGUGCAAAGUUCAUCUCAAAAGUGGUUGUUAUUUAUUAAUAUUGGCAAAUGUCAUCGAUCUGAAUCCAGAGAUUAUAUUAGCUUUCAAACCUGGGCUCGGUCGCUCUUGCGUACGUUUUAGAUUCCUGAAUUCCGCAACGAGCGAGGAGGAGCGUCCAAUAAUUUAAGAAGCGCCGAUUGUUUGUUUGCGAAUCCUUGAUAUACAUCUUGAUUACCUCCUAAAAUACUCUAAAUUUUCCUCCCUAACGUUUGAGACUCAUUUAUAUUUAACUGCAUUCCUUUGCAAUAUUAGCAUGUGGUGAAAUAACUUCGGGUGCACAUUUAAACACACGCUUGUAUAAUUGUUGAACAGCAAGUAAAUUGUAUUCCACGUGUUGUAGCUGUGCCUCCUCAAUAACAUAGCUAUUCACUGGCGCUAAUUCACACAUAGUUGUUUAUUGGAAGAUUGCAAAGUGUAUUUUUGUUGUUGAAAACUGCCCGAGAUAGAUUGAAUGAAACAUGGUCAAAGUUGCUAUCAAGUAUUGUGGAGCUUCUCGUUAUGGGUUAAAAUACUGUGGUGCACUAACUUGCUUUUAGAAAACUGCACGCGAACAGUGGAUGCAUACAUCACAAAGUCAAUUAAUUGCAAUUGCUUACUUACGGUAGAUUCGACACAAAAGUGUGCUUGUGGUUCAUUGUUCAAAAGAGAACAGGUGGGAAGGCAUCUGCUUAUGAGGGAGGGUGUAGAGGAGGGUCGAGGAAAAGAGGAUAGAUACGUCGGGAUAGUGUGGGGUCAGGGUAGUGGAUGGUUACAGAAAUAUGAACAACACCCUCGAAGAUAAAUCGGCACGUGCGUUUAACUCCCCGUGCAAUUGAGUUACAGCGAAGCGGUAGUUUGGUGUAUUGCACAGUUUAAGUGCAAGUGUUCCAGUACAUUUUAACCACAUUUUCCUUGCUUAUCAGCAUGGCUUGCGGGUGAUGAACUGUUGUACCUUGCUUCCUUGUUCACAAACAACUCCACUGGUAUUCAGGCAAUAUAUGCAAUAUAUACAACAUGAAAACAACACUGGAAUUUCCUAUACCCAGGCUUGUAAUGGAAUGAAAUUAAUUGAUGUUGCUCUGCAGAUGCAUUUAAUCUACAUGAAUUAUAUUGGCUCUUAAAGAGACGUGCCAUUGCGUGUGUUUAGGUAAUGCUGCAAGUCAAUGUAGCGGACAUGCAAAUGCAUCAGUGUUCAUUGCCCUGUCACUGGGGUUUGUGCGUUGUCUUUGUGGGUUCUACAGCCACAGCUUAACCAAGCCAUUGAAGGGACUGCUGGUUGAUAGUUAACUGGUAAUUGCACAAUAACCAACAUAGCAAAUUGAAACGAACAUUUUACAAUUAAACCUAGAAUAUACCGAAUGAUAUUUAUUUUUUCUGCGUUAUGAAGGUAGUUGUGAAUGGUUGGUUGUGAACGGUCGUCAUCCGUUUGAUAUUCCAGAGAAUCCGAGGGGUUCAUUGAAGGGAUUUGUAACCAUUUUUUGUGUGGCCAAGGAAGCGGUGAAGGCGGUGUUGGAUUUUCGUUUAAUAAUGCAUUCCUGUGUUUCAUGUUGGGGAGACAUUACCAUUAAAACUAGUUUAGAUGUAAAUACUGAAAUGGUAAAUUGCUAAAAUCUUUUAUUUUUGUUGUGAUUGAUCAUUUCUGAUCACACUCGGCUUGUGCCAGCACACACUGCAUAGGCGCCAAUACUUUUGUAUUACAGCACUUGACAGCUUCAUCUUAUGUGAAGCGGUCUUAAGCGAAUCGUAAAAAUAAAUUGUUCCCGUGGCUGAAUUGACCCCCCCCCCCCAUCCCUUAGCUACUCUUUAUUUUAAUCAUAGGGGGGGGCGAGAAACACCUUUGCAUUUACGCUGUACUCGCCACGUUUCGGUCAUGGGACGACAUUGCACGACUCGACGGUUUCUUCUUCGCUUCAAGCGGCAUCCGACGACUUGUGGGGGGUGUUGCCUAGUUGUGCUGCUGGGGAUCUGCAUUCCGAAUGGAUAUUUGCGCUAUCGGCACGUCUGUAAACCACCGAGCAUUGGGACUAAAUGGUCAGCGCAAUGGAGGCUUUUGUCAUGGGACUAACCCACAUACGAUUGCAGGAGGGUGGAGGAGCCUACAUGCCUGGCAAGGAGCCUUACACCCCUUGCCAAGGUAUGUACGCAUCAUGUCAAAUCGCUAGGCGAGACAGGUAGAAUUGCUUCUAUAAUUUUCCGUGCGAGAUUUAGCAUUUGAACGACUAACAGAUUCCCGUGCCAGCAUCGCAAUAUGCGUCUCACCGCCCUGCGUGAAAUGUUUAAUUUCAUUGAAGCGGAGCCGUUUUGGCCAUGAGGAUAUUCUAAUGACAACUGUGCAUACACCCUCCGAUUCUGAUUUAGGAUAUUGUGGCAGUUUUGUUUAAUAAAAAGUGCCUCGUGCAUUGUAAAUGAUCGCUGUGUUUCCUGCAAUGUUGUUGUGGCAGCAAUCGGUGGACACAAGCAUAAUACUCUUGAAGCGCACAUCUCGGCAGUUCACGUUGGAAAUUAAUGCUCUGGGUUGUCAUUGCGUUGAUCAGCUUCACAACACGCACCUCAAGCAACUUCGUACAGCUCAGGAUGUCAGUUCGCUUGGGUUUCAGUUGGGACCUUAAUAUUACAGUACUUAGUUUUUACCAAGUUAAAGGGUGCUUGUCUGUAUUAAAUUUGUAUUUACAGUUGUCAUUUUACUGUAACAUACACACAUUGUUCUUGUUUACUGUGGUCCAUGGGGCAGGAUGCUGUUUGCUGCAGUGCUUAAGUUCAGCCUGAACAGUGCAGAACAUCGAUCAGGGAAUUGGUUUUACACGGCAAAUCCAUUAUCUCGCCUUGUUUUAUACGCGCAAUUUUCAUAUAACUGUUCAUAGCAUUAUAGAAAUAUAAAAUACGAUAACAGACGUUAUUACGGAUAGUAGUGCCUUACGCCAGUAAUCCCAACUUCCAAGCCAAGCUUAGCAGCGCUACAGAAAAUACGUGGUCAGAAACUCGCUGCUGGUUAGUGGUCAUGACUACAGACAUUUUGCAAAAAAUGGCGUAGUUUUUUGUAAAAAUGUAGGUUUAUUGUGAAGUAAACGCCAUUACCGAGCACUUAAAUAAUAAAAUAGAACACCUCGGGAAUGUGUAAGAGCAAUGCUGGUACCACCGUGGCCCGCUGGAAAUCGCAGCUGCUGAUCCCAUUCGCCGUUGAGUCGUCCCCAUUGUACAGUGCCUAUGUAGUGGUGACACGGGCUGCUUACCCACAACCUCAACCUCGCGUCUUUCCCCAGCCAUUGUUACAAAGUCCCAUGUGGAUAUUGUUAAAGUAGAAGUUUAUUUUUCCUUGAUUUAAUAUUUGAAUGUAGUUUACAUCACUUUUACCUAUUUCUGUACACACGUUGGUGAUACUGCGUUGGCAGUACGCUACAAAUAACAAAGGACUCGACGCAUCUGUCAAUGACACUUGCCUUAAAAAUGAUCGUGCAUGUGUAUACAUAAUAGGCGUUGGGCUUUUGGCAAUUGCCCUUCAUAGCUCAUUAAUAGAUGGGAGAGGGUAAGAGUUGGGGCCUGCUCUUGACACCGUGGGGCUCUCUGAGAAUUAACUUUUAAAAUGUUUCCUGAUUAACUCGCCUUAGACGGGUGUGAAUAGUAGCUAUUGAGAAACAGCCAAGCCCCUUAAAUAACCCCUGGCCUUAUGAAUGUGCUGUGAAGAAUAGACAUUGCCUGCACAUUUCCUUUGAAGGCAACGGUGUUAUUUAUGAAUGCGAUUUUUCCGUGCAUCCUGUCCGCGUUCAUAGUCUCGGGUUGUCGUAUAUUUGUAAUGAUCAGGGCUGCUAAGAAGCACAAUUCUGAAAUUGGUUAUCAUUUUUGUGUGUUAAUGCCAUUGGGUGGGUUUUUUUUCUCCGAGAGAAUCCAAUUAACGUGCAUUAUGGAGAUUUCCUUUUGGCAACAAAUCCAUCCAAAGUGCUUCCUAUAGUCGCUGGGAAACAACGGUGUGGAACUACAAUGAUUUGUAAAGGCAAUAUGUAGUUAUACUUGUGUAUAUGUGCCAAUGUAAGUCUUGUUACCACAAUUUGUGUGUUUUGGCACUGAAAACGAUGUUUAUUUUUCAAGUGCUAAGACCAAAAGAGGAUGAAUUCCUGCAGUCACGAAAGCUUUAAAUCGACAUGAAUACAGUUUGAGAGACAUUUCCAUCUGUGACUAAAAUGGUAUCCACUUAUGAUUUCAUUCGCAUGGUUUUGUAACAUUUGAAAAUAAACGUUAAACUCGAA